GCGUGCACCAGUGGAGCCACCGCCGGCGUUGCCAUGUACGAGCGGAGGAAUGAGUGCCCAGGCGUCAACUCCAGAAGGCCACGGACCGCGAGCGGGGAGAGCCUCAAAGGAAACCCGCGAGGAGAAGUCCGCCAAAGUAUGAGUCCGUCUAGCUGAAAUACAUGCGAGGCAGGCUGAGAUGGAAGCGGCAGGGAUAGUACCGAUGCCACCAGUCGAUCCCCAGACGAGUGAGCAGAGAAUCGACGAGUUGUGGGCGAGGUAUGAGAGCCAGAGAGAUGCGGCCCACCACAGACUGCAGGAGACGGGACAUGCGGACGAGAGGGUGGGUGAGUUAAGGGACAUGGGGGAUUUGGGGUUCUCUGCCACUAGAAUGGCGGUCGAACGUGUGGAUAGGAGGAUACGCGAGGUGGCAGUUACAUCUUUCGAUUGGUUUAGUCUACUUAGUGAUGAGCUGGCGGCCGGGAAGUUGGAAGUGGAACACCUGACUACUCAGCUUGCAAUGGAGAGAGCGAGGACCCAGGCCAAAGAGGUUGAGUGGGAGAGAAGAUUUGGGGAAACGGCAGCCAUUAUGGAUAGACUUUCGGCAGCCUGGGUGGCUAGUCAGAUAAGACGAGCUGGCGCCGAUGGCCAGGAUCGAGGGACGCAGGUCUCGCCGAGUCUAGGAGCGACAGCGAAGUCCCCUCGACAAAAGAGGCCGAUGGAGGAGGUGUCACUGGACUCGGCCAAGGAAGAGGCGACACGGGGGGUUGAGGAGUGGACUAUUGGGGCAGGAGCUUCUAUUGAGGAGGCUAUACAGCCUAGGGUGUCCCCAUCAUAUGAGGCCGGGGCCGAGGGCCUGAUCCAGGGACCCUCGUAUUUAUCGGAAGAGGAGAGUGGCGCACAGGAGUUGCUCAUGGCUAUGUCCACGGAGAAAAGAGGCUCGCGUCUGCAUGAGCUGGUGACAGCCAUGGGGAUAGGUACACCACAGGAGCGGCAGCAGCAGGAGGUCGUGAGUGGGCCAGCCACAGUAGUGGUUCCUCAGCUAUCGGGGUCGUGUGGGGAUGAGAGGAUGGUUGUUGUAGGGAGGCCCUGCGAACGGAGGCCCCAGGGACUGGAUACGCCAGAGUACGGGUCAGAGAGCAUAGUUGCGCGUGGCAGUGAGGAUGCUGAGGCCGUGGAGCCCGGAUCUCAGGGCUAUAUGGGAGUGCCAUUGUGUCAUGAGGUGACCACCGAGGCUAAGGGGACGCCAACAUCGAGUUAUCGGGGAAGGAAGAAGAAAACUGCGAGGUGGUUUGACGCGUCCUGUUUCUGGUGUAAGAAGGAGGCGCAUAGAGCUUUGGAUUGCCCGGAGCUCCUCGAGGACAAGGCCAAAGGACACGUCGCAGAGGUUGACGACAAGUUCUAUGAUAGGCAGGGUAGGAUAGUAGAGCGAGCUCCGGAUGGGGGUAGAGCUCAGUUAUAUAGGCAGAACCAGGAGGAGUUACGCGAGUAGGGGAUGGUCUGCCCAUAGGUAACUGGAUCUGAGUUUGUUUUUUCUGCACACAGAGGGCGGGUUGGAGGUGUACAUACCCUGAGUUAGC